ACGUUGCUGCGAUAAGGGGAGGUGUAAUGACUGUUAUAGUUGUGUUUGAAAUUGAAGAGCUUUUGGUAUCACAUUAUUAUUUGUAUAGCAAAAGUAAACUUGCCUGUUUCUAUUUUAUAUGAAGGUUCGGAGAGAAAAAUCAAGACAUAUGAAGCACCAGAAAGAAAAAAAGAAAAAUCUGAAUAGAUAGUUAGGACUACUGACAACAACCUGUGAUAUACUAAUGGCAGUCGUGCAUACAACUGGCCAGCAUGCCAGCUUUAUGGAAACAAGCUGUAGUUUUAUUAGCGUUUGUGAUAGCUGUUCUACAGGUGAUACACAUGACAUUACUGAGCCAACUUGAAGGAAGAAAACAUAAAUAUGAAAAAAGCACAAGUGGAAACUCAGCUGAUAGAGAAAACCAAGAUUACCAAGAGUCAACAAUAAGAAAAGAUCGCGCUCAGAUGUUAAAAACAGUUCAGCAGAAUAGUGUUUUAGACUCCAGUGGUGAAUUUCAGAUCAUUAAUUUUCUAAUGCGAGCAGAAUCACUAGGUUCUCGUAAUAUCGUUAGUCAGGAUUUAUCUAUUGUGACUCAUACAACAGUUAACCAUCUCCAUUACCUCAGUACAUUAAGUGAGCGAUGGCAAGGCCCAAUGUCAGUUUCAGUUUUUGCUGUUACUCAGGGUGGCUCACUUGCUGUAGAAAGCAUUCUCUACCUCAGACACUGCUUUCCAUCAAUUCGGUAUAACACCAGCUUUCACCUAAUUUAUCCAUUGAAAAAUCUUUCAGGAGAAACAAAAAUACACCAAGAAAAGGCUCCUGUCUUUGGAUCUUGUGAUAAUGAGUUAAAUAUUGUACAGCAUCUAAAUGUUCCUGAUAAUGAUGUCCAAGAAAUACUUUACCCAAAUAAUCUCUUAAGAAAUGUAGCAAGAAAGAAUGCUUUAACAGAAUAUGUUUUCACCAUAGAUAUUGAUCUCCUUCCCAGCAGUCACUUGCAUACGAACUUUUUGACAUUUGCCAAAGAGAAUAGGUUAUUUCUGGAUUCUCACAAAGAUGAUAAAACUGUUUACGUUGUGCAUGCGUUUGAAGUGAAGAAAGGGACUGAGGUGCCUGCACAAAAAACAUCUCUUAUACAAUUACUAGAACUCAUGGAAGCCAGGCCAUUUUCUUUGGAACUCUGCUGGAAAUGCCAGAAACACACAGACUAUGAUGCGUGGGAACACGAACCACAAGCACCUAAAUUGAAUGUUUUAUUUGAAGUUCUCUGGAGAGAUCCCUGGCAGCCAUUUUACAUUGCUCGAAACACCGUACCGUUGUAUGAUGAGCGUUUUCGGCAGUAUAAGUUUAAUGGAAUUAGCCAAGUUUGUGAACUGCACGUGGCUGGAUACAGAUUUUCCGUUUUAAACAAUGCCUUCCUUGUUCAUGACGGCUGGAAAACGACCCCAUCUUUCCAUAAAAGCAAAGACGUGGAACAAGAAAGAAACAGAGUGCUUUUCAGAAACUUCAAAGCUGAACUGCAGAAGAAGUAUCCUGAAUCUUCUCGUCGCUGUUAUUGAGAAACUCAAACUUUUACAUAGGCAAAUUGACGUCAUUGAAGUAUUGGACAUGUUAAAAUAAGGAAUAAAACGAAACCAAAAAUUUGAAGGAUUGAGAAAAUGUGCUUCUAAUAACUAACUUCCGUUCAUCAUUUUUCCUGUAUCUAAAGCUUCUAGAGAAAGGAUGCUGGAUCGUAUGGCUUGCCUGUACUUAACUACAUCUAGGAUCUGCAGUUUCUGAGGGGAAAAUAUGACAAAGAUUGUGUCAGGUUACUUGUUUGUGAUUAAACCUAGCUUUUCAAGAGGAAAUUUUCUGAAAAACAUUUGACAAGGAAUAACUUUGUUGUAUGCUAUUAAUAUCAUUUUUUCAUAUAUAUCUCUAAAUCUUCCCGAGAGUAUGGAGUUACUUCACUGUGUGCAAAAACUAGGUUUUCAUGUGUCUUUGAUUUCUGGAAAGAAUACUUCAAGUGAACAAAUUGCUUCACAAUAAGUAGGACUAAUUUUCCGAGUGUCUUCAAGUCCUGCAGAGUUUAUUUCUAGUAAAUAGUCUACUUCAAUGUGGAAAGGAUGGGCAUUUGUCACAAAGACGCAUUUAUUACUUUUGGUAAAUAUGGAUGAUAAUAAAUAGCUUGCAUGAAGUUUUACAAAGAUUUAUAAUAUUCAAAUCAGAUUUAUGUUACGCUUACUAUAAUUUUUUUAUUCAUAUAUAUAUAUAUAUAUAUGUGUGUGUGUGUAUGUGUGUGUGUCAGAUAAGUAGAGUUGAAAUUGCUUGUAAUACAUUGGGAUUGGCUGAAAAAUAAUUUUGGUGUGAGGGUGGGUUGACAAGACCCUACGUCUAAUUCCUGUUUCAAGAAUUAUACGGUUUGCUCUAAGAGAAUGUUAUAUGCCCACCCCUUGCUAGUUCUUCAUACACCUUCUAUGUAUAUAUAUAUAGAGAAAAGCUAUAGAAAACUGUCUCUAGUGGAUUGGACUAAAUAUCUUCUCUGAAGAAAUGAGGGCCUUACACACUACUACUUUCUGUGUUUAAAAAAAGCAGAUACAUUGACAAUUCCUGACUUUUCUACAGAUUUGUUUGUAAAAUGAGAUAUACUGGGUUUUUGAAGAAAAUGCUAUACUAUGUUCUGGUACACUGUUACCACUCUUGAUAUAGAUAUGUAAUUGUAUAGAUAAUGUAACAGAAGUGUGUAGAUCAGAUAAUUAUAUUACUUGUUCCAAUAUAUUCUGUAGUACUUAGGGUAAAUAAAUAAUAUAGUUGUGUGUUACAACUUAGGUAUUAACAUAUUUGACCUCAUACUAAUUAUACUUUGAUAGAUAGUGUUUGAUUGACCUAGAUUUGACCAUUAUAACAAAGAUAUAUGUCAGAUAACAAAUGAUCCUCAGUAUGCCUAAACACCCUAUGUCAGCGGUUUUCGAUAUAUCACAUCUACGUCACAACAAUGUGGAAAAUCAAGACUUUUGACUCAAGCUGUAUAAUGAUGUUAAUUAUUUUGACACUGUGUAAUUACAGUAUUCAACACGCUUUCAUGUGAAAUGCUUACAGGUAUAUUAUAGUAAUGAUGAACACAGAAAGAUAGCCCAGUUUGUCUUUGCUCUAUCAUAAACAGAUGUUUGUAUUACGAAUAAUUACACUGGUACCGCUUGUCCGUUUGUGAAAAGUAUAUCAGAUAUUAUUAAUUUACGGCUUUCCAUGUCUUUAAUAAACCACAGUCAUGGUAACGUUUCUUUCUAAUAGGUCAGAUGUGGCAUUUUUAUAGACAUGCUCGCCAUCAUAAUUGCAUAUUAUUGUCUCCAUUACUUCAAGCCCCCCAGUGGCACAGUGACAUAUCUGCAGACUUACAACUCUAGAAACCGGGUUUCGAUACCCGUGGUGGGCAAAGCACAGAUAGCCCAUUGUGUAUCUUUGUGCUUAACAUGAAAACAAACAAACAAACAAACUUACCUCAAAAUACACCUGAAACAUCAUAUAAAUUGCACUUCCAAAGCUUUCCUAAAUAUCUCGGACCGGAUGAAUGCGCUGCAGCACUGUGAAAUUUAUCAUGGUUACUGCUGAUAAGGUGUUUACUUUUAUCACAAGGCUUCUGUUAGUUACAAUGAGAUUUAGCAGUGCUACCUAAUUUCGGGAAAUAAAUACGAAAAUUAAGCAGGCUGGCUUAACAUUGUUUUGUUGUGAAUUAACUAAUUGUUUUUCUUCUUGAAGGAAGUGUAAUAGUGAUAUAUUUUAUGUGUAUAGACCUGAGUCUAAUUAUAUUUCGAUAUAAUGUUUCAGUCAGACUAUAUUAUUUAGAUGUAUAUUUUUAUCUUAAAAAGUUUCACACACAUGCAUGUAGGGUGCAGGCUGAAAAGGCCUAGGCCAAAUACCCUAUAUCCUUACUGCAGCACUCUCCCUAUCUCUACAAGCAUAAUGAAAUUUGAACCAUGUCAAUCUUGCAGCUGCUAUUAGAGCAUUUACCAAGCGGAAUACUUAACCACACACGUUAUGACAUGUUCGGGAAUUUAUAGUUUACAAUUAGGAAUUCCUUUUGAUAUGAGAUCUUAUCGGCAGUUAAAAUAGUUUAAUAUUUGUUUACUGUUCUCACUUCAGUGUGUAUUAGUUCAAAUAAGUGGUCACAUUUAAUGAUUGUACAGGAAGGGGAGUCAUAUCCAAGUAUUUGAAACUGCUUGCAGUAAACACACAAAUUAUUAUUCCAUAUUAGAUUGGAUAUUUAUAUUCAGUUUAUAAAAUAUGUAUACAUAUUAGAAUGUUUGUCAAUCAUAAAGGACAUUAUUCAAAUUUAUGAAUACAAACAAGUGGUUUAAUGUAGAAGUUGUUGAUACACAGGAGAACUGCACUGAAAUCAUUUAAUAUGAUACCACGCUGAAAAUUGCCGUCUACAGUACACUGUACUAAUGCUUUAACAUCAGAAUCUUAAGACUCCGCUUCAAAUCAAGUCAGCUUUCAGAAUUAGAAAAAAUAUCAUGUUUUAAGGUAAUGAUGCAACUUGAUUAUCUGGUAGAGAGUGGCUAAUGUGACUAUAUAUUUCAGACUUUUUUCUGCUCUACAUUUGGCUAGUUUUUACACUCCUCACGGACAUGAAACGUCAGUCAUGCGAAGACAUAGUUUCAGUAUACAACAACAAAGAAGAAUACUGUGAAAGUUAUAUUCCCCGUAUCUGUUGAUAAUGCAUGUUUUACUGUGUCAAAAUUGAAUUACUAUGCAAUUUUAUCGAUGCAGUGAAGUGCGUGAGAAAAUACCUGAGAUGUAACAAAUAUUGAGAAGAUUUGUUUAUUUGAAUUUCGCGCAAAACUACACGAGAGCUAUCUGCGCUAGCCGUCCCUAAUUUA